UUCAGUCGUAUUUUUCCCGACCAGCCCGCGGUUGUUGUUCCAACAAAGAUUUCUUCCACACCCAAAACGGAACUUGUUUAAACAGAAACUUUUAUUUAUUUUACACAUAUCGAGAAAAGUGAUUGCCGGCUACAGAGGCAGAGGCAGAAGCAGAGGCACAGGCACAGGCAGUGCAGCAGCCGUCGAGCACAAGCAGGGGAUGGAUGAUGACUGAACUAAGAAACUAGUGGAAUAGAAGAGGGCCAAAGGACCACGCGCAACCAAGCACCGAAGCCAUCAAAGAACAUAUCAUUUUGUGAAGAACCUAGUAUCAGUAUAAGCAGCAUGUUGGACAUCACUUGGCUACCCACCGCCUGCGGCUCUCUGGCACCUGCCCUGAUACCGCCGGCACACAUUGCCAUUCUGUGGUACUUCUGGGAGAACUACUCCCGGUACGUGGACAGGCACUUCUGCACCUGCUCCUGCUGGGACACCGUGUUCAAGGGCCCCUACGAGUCGGGGGUGGCCGCCUACAAGCACAUGUACUUCAAUGCCACUCCCAACAGCUUCAAGAUGUGGAUACUGACCGUCUUCGCUGUGAUUGCCCUGUACGAGUGCAUUAAGCGGCUCAUCGCCCUGAUCCUGCAGAGCCGCGUGCGGUACUCGAUGCUGCUGCUCUUCCUGCUGUCCAUCUUUUCGCACUACUACGCCUGGUGGGCGUACAUCAACUACUACAACGACGACUACUACAACCAGUGGAACCACCAGCUCUUCUUCACGAUUACCGAACUGUUCUCAACGGUGCUGGUGAUGCACCUGGCCAGCACCACGAAUGUGGUCACACCGAAGAAGGUCUUCUGCAUUGUUGGCAUCGCACUGCUGCACAUCCUCGCCAGCAGCUUCGAUCAGUUCUUCCUCAAUGUAGUGCGAGGCGAGGGCUACGCCCACCAGAUAGUGCGGGACAUUGGAUUCAUGGUGCCCGAUCUGCUGCAGCUCUUCGUUCCGGUAUGGCUGCUCCGUCAAACGCGACGUGAGAGCUACUCCACGCGGCCCUUCUAUCGGGAUCGGAAGCUGCAUCGCGACAUCGUGGCCAUGUUCUGCCUGGUGUCUCUGCUGUUCGUCCUGUGCACGGUUUUGUGAGAGCGAAUCAUGCUGGACGCCUACGAGGAGACGCACGGCAAGAUCGAGCCCGUGCAGGAUGCAGCGGUGCAGCUGCUGAACCGAUAUCGAAUGCUGGCCAGUGGCAAUAUCCACAACUAGAGACAGAACUGACGCACCCGGAUCGAGGUGGACUGGAGAGGACAAUAUGCAGCACUUGGCAGUAAGUGCAGGGCGCCAACACGUCCCGAUUCCUGUAGAAUUUUGUAUUUUGAUUUACCAUUUGUGAUAGUUUUUCUUGUCGUGAGUGUUCUUUCUGAACAUUUUGUUUUUUUUUGUGGUUUUUUUUUGAAGUGUUGAAGCAUAUCGGUAAGCAUAAUCAGCUAACUAAUCAAGGUACAUAAUCAAUACAGAAAACUGUAAUCUUCCAUUUAGAAACAAUGUUGACCGAUGUUGAUGUUGAGUUGAGACAUAAUCCCAUAGUUGAACUAGGUAUACACAUACAAUAGCAUAGAUAUAUACUAGAAUCGAGCGUAGGUGUAGCCUCCCCCUCUAGAUACAACGAACAUGUGAACACGAAUGAGCGUGCACUUGUCCGUAGAGACCUACAUAGUGUGUAGUGACAUUGGUUAUACAAAAGAACAGCGAUGGAUUAUGGAUUAUGGAUGUGGAUGUGGAUGUGGACUGUGGAUACCCUCCCCACCCGAUGUUAUAGUACUACCUUAACGUGUUACAUGUGUGACUUACGACUGUUGUUCGAUAAUAAUAAUAACAAUAUUAUACAUGUGCAUACAAAUGGCAAACCCAAUAUUCCAAUACAUAUACAUACAUACAUACAUAGUAGUAGUAGAGACCCAAAUCGUAGUAAUCAAAAUUAAUGUUAAACGAGAUAUUGUUACAAGGAAAUCAAAAAACAAACCAUCAAAUAUUAAUAUUUGGAAUAGCCUAUACAUAUACACGUACACGUACACAUACACAUACAUUAUAUAUACAUAUAUACCUAUAUAUUUUAGUAUACAAGAAUAUAUUGAAUAAACUUUAAGAGACUGAAAAUCCAGUAGUUUCCCUAG